GUGUGUGUGUCGGUAAGUGUAAGCAGUGACUCUCACCUCCGUUAUAAUAACACUUACUGCAGCUCCUGACCGGCCAGGCAGACGGUGUUGGUGACGUCACUGGCUCUCCCAGUCUGAGCCAAACGUCGCAAACAACGGCGCUCGCUGGCGCUUCCGUUCAGAGAUACACACACACACACAGACACGCGUACAGACCCACGCACGCGUCUUCAUAUCGCACAGGAUUCCGAGCGCGGCCCAUUCUCGCCGCGCGGUGUGGAUCGAGCAGCAGCAGCAGAAGCAGGCGUUUACUACACAGACAGCGUUGGACGGAGCGCGAGCGCGGCGGCGACGGCGGGACCGGAGAGCCGCUCUGGCGCGCGCGCGCGCGAGAGAGAGAGUCAUCGACUAGUUCUGGUAACAAAACAACAAAACACUCAGUGAUGCUGGACUAAGAGGGAGAGGUCUGGGAUCGAUGGCGCGGCUUUGAGACAGACUUUGGAAAUUUAUUGGGGGGGAAAAGACAAGAAAGCAAGAAGAUAGAUAGACAGAGGGGGAAAAAGAGACAGAAAGUGAGAGGAGUGUGUCUUUCUUUUUCCAUCAUGGAGCUCACCAUGGAGAACCUCGGGAACCUGCACGCCGUGUCGCACGCGCAUACACCGGGCGACCUGAUGAGCUCCGCUCACGCGCGGGGACCGCCGUCGCACCGGAGCCUGUCUCACGGGCGCUCGGCCAUGGUAUCCGGCAUGGCGUCGCUGCUGGACGGCACGGCGGGGGAGUACCGCACGGAUCCGCCGUCGCUGCACGCGGCUAUGAGCGUGCCGUGCGACACGAGCAUGAGCCUGAGCGGCACGUACACGACGCUCACUCCGCUGCAGCACCUGCCACCCAUUUCCACGGUGUCGGAGAAGUUCCCUCAUCACCACCACCACCAGCACCAGCACCACCAGCCCCCUCAUCCGCACGCGCACCAGCGCUUCUCGGCCGGUAACGUGAGCGGCAGCUUUACGCUCAUGCGCGACGAGCGCGCGCUGGCCAGCGUGGGCGACUUGUACGGCCACUAUGCCAAAGACGUGACCACCGUGGGGCCGUCGCUGUCCCCCCUGCCCAGCGGCCUCGGGGCUCUGCACAGCGCGGCGCAGCAGCCGCUGGGCGCCUACGGAGACAAGCUUCUCUCGUCCGGUGGUUUCGAGGCGCACGCCGCCAUGCUGGGCCGCGGGGACGAGCACAUGGCGCGAGGCGGCUUGGGGGCCCACGGGGCCGGACUCGCGUCCGCGCUCAACGGCGUCCACCAUCACCACCACGGCCACCACCAUCAUCACCACCACCAUGGCCACCACGCGCACCCCCACGCCAACGACAGGCACGCGCCCGGGGGCGGUGGAGGAGGAGGUGGUGGUAGCGGAGGCCAGGCGGAGGAGAUCAAUACCAAGGAGGUGGCGCAGCGGAUAACGGCCGAGCUGAAGAGGUACAGCAUCCCGCAGGCCAUCUUCGCCCAGAGGAUCCUGUCUCGCUCGCAGGGAACUCUGUCCGACCUGCUGCGGAACCCCAAGCCGUGGAGUAAACUCAAGUCCGGCAGGGAGACGUUCAGGAGGAUGUGGAAGUGGCUGCAGGAGCCCGAGUUCCAGCGCAUGUCCGCCCUCAGGCUCGCAGCCUGCAAGCGCAAGGAGCAGGAGCAGAUGAAGGAGCGCAACUCUGUUCCCAAGAAACAGAGGCUCGUCUUUACCGACCUUCAGCGAAGGACCCUCAUCGCCAUCUUCAAAGAGAACAAGCGGCCCAGCAAGGAGAUGCAGGUGACCAUCGCUCAGCAACUGGGUCUGGAGCUCAACACGGUCAGCAACUUCUUCAUGAAUGCACGGCGCCGCUGCGUUGACCGCUGGCACGAAGAGCACCAGCACGGUCACAGCCCCGGGCAGCCGGGGACCUCCGCGCCCACCUUCUCCAAGGCCUGAGGGGGUCUGGCUUCCUCCCCCAGGGAGCCUGGAGGCCAUGAGGUCCCAAACCCCUCAGACGCCACUCAAAUUAGCGUGCCAAUCAAUCUCACCGCUGCCGCCAACGGCAACGUUUCACAUCAAUGCAAUCUCUUCACUUCAACUGGACUGUUAGGAUUCAGGCCAGAAAUCUGGACACUCUGGCACCAGGGGACUGGCGUUGCUUGAUGCCUGUGUACUGAGGAGUUUUGGAGCCUCAAGUAGCCUCCCUACUUAAAUGGUGCCCCCUUUAGCAUAGGCUAGCUACUCUUCUUUGUAAGCUUCAAUCUCUGCACCCCCCCGUGCUCGAGGUUGUGGACAAGUAUGCCAAAGCUAAACACAACAAAAAGGGCAGCAAUACACAGCACAGAAGGCUUCUUGGCUAUCCAAAGAAAGCCUCCUCUUCCACUGUCCUAUCCAGUACACUGUCGCCAUUACCUAAUGGCCAUUUCAUAGCACCUCUCAGAUCAUGCGCUAUGCUAAUGAAAGAGAUGAAUCAAUGCAGACACCUUGACCUCCACUGAAGGUGAAACAUAAUGCACUUUCCCAGCGAAGCUCUCGCAGGCCUGCCAUCUCAGUUUAUUUUGCACAGAUGGAGAUGGAGGUCUGUGGAGGGACUUGCGCUCCUGUUGUCGAUGAGCCCAAAACGCAUUACUUGCAGCAAGGAGGUUUGCUGACAUGCCUGUCCAUGUCAUGCUGGCAAGCCAAGUCUCUGUAUUUCUAAUCAGCACAUGACAACCAAGUCAUUCUCAAUGCACAAAGAGUUUGCAGCCAUCAUCCAAUAUGCACAGGACUGCAGUGCCACCUACUGGUCAUAUGGGUGCAUCGCAAUCUGGAAUCCAGCUUCUAAGAGAGAAGCAACCAACCUUGACAGUUCAGCAAAAAAUCAGCAAAGCAAAGAUAUGUUUGUUUUUUUAACUCCAAGAAAGAUGUCAAAUUAUGACAAAGCAGGUUGGAAAAUCACACAUAUUUGAUAAUUUCACAUUCGCACAAACCAUGAAUAUGUUUAGUAACAAGUCUGUCAAUCAACUGCUAUGACUUGUAACAAUGGUACCGUUAAAAUGUAAGGAGGCAUGUUCAGUCACACUAUUGAAAUCCUGUUUCAAUCAAAUGUCCAACUUUAGGUUUACCUUAAUAAUAGAGCAGGUGGUAAACCACAACAAUAGCAAACUUUACAAAAAGAAGUGAGUGCCAAUAACAUUUGCCUUAAUAUGAUCUGAGAUCCUCCAUACAACAUCUACAUAACGUCAAGAAGCUCUAUACUCCUGCAAUCGGCAAGACGAGCCAAAGAAAUUCAACAAUUAGCAAGUUUAGAAUCUUAUCUAAAAUCUUUUACAACAAAAUCCCAAAAUAGGUGUGCAAAACCAAUCAAUCAUGGGGGAAAAACACGGCAACACAACCACAGCUACAAAAGACUGUACCAGUCCAGCUUUGUUUCUCUACCUCUCUCCCCCCAAACUGUCAAAAUCUAAUCCUCAACAACCCCCUUCCAUCCCCUUAUCCUUCCCUGACCCACCCCUUCUCUUCAACUUUGUAAUAUUGAUGCGGGUAAUUGGUACCAUAGACAUAACGUUUCUAUUCCUUCUUACUAUAAUAUUGUGAUCUGUUGUGCAUAUGUAAGGCACCUUGUUGAUCCAUUUGACAAAUGUCAAGAUGAAGAGACUUUCUGAAAGAAUGAGAAAAACUUCACAGACUGAUUUACAGACAUUGCGAACUGCCACGUCUGAUGAAGAAAGAAACUUUUGAAAGAAAAUAAAAAAUAAAGAAUCCUUUUCAUCAGUGUAAAAACACUACGGCAAAAGAAGGAGGAGAAGAAAAAGAUGAAAAGAAUGAGAAUAAGAAGAAGGCCUCGUUUGAAACACCCAUAGCAGCAUUCAUCUCCAAUCGUGAAGGAGGUCUCAGACAGGAUCCCAGCACCGAAGUGAUGGCAGGCAUGAGUUCAAGAUUUGGAAGAAUGGUCUUGGUGGGGGCCGGGGCUGGUGCGACCGUGUAGCAUUGCUGGACACGUUGCAGAGUUUAGCUAAAUGUACAGACUGACCUGAGCUCAACAUGCUCUGAGCAUUGAGUUCCUGCCGUUUAGAGAGGAGAAGAUGUUCGGUGCAAAUCAGUAGGAAUACCUAUGUACAUUACCUGCUUAAAAAAAAAAGACCAAAAAAAAAAAAAGAAACGCGACCUUUCGUUUGUAGUGAGAACCACUGUGGCUACCUCACUUUAGCUGGGUGGUUUGUGAAACAGCCACCGAUACCAAAGAUUUUUCAGCCUGCCGGUCCUGUGUUGCCAAGGGAGGGGUAUACAAACACCAAAACCAAAAGCCAAAUAAGAGAAUGAUCACAGACACAGCACACACACACUCGCAUACACACUUACAGACAGCGCAGUCAGACUGCAUAGUUCCACAUUGAGGGAGGUGGUGACUAUGCAGAUAGAGUUGAGUGCCUUUUUCCUUCAACCACGGGUGGGACUACGCUGGUAUACACAAGCACAUGUCUACACACACACACACACACACACAUACACUCUCUUAUACACGCUUACACACUCACAAGUACACACAAGACACACAGAUUCAAGAAAACAUACAGGAUGAGUGAACAGAAAGAUGGUUUAAAGGUAAACCAAAAUUUUGAUGAGCUAUUUAUCUGCAGAAAUAUUUUUUUUAUGAAUGCAGCCAAAUUAUUAUUUGCUUAUUUUAUUAUUAAGCAUUGUUUGAAAAUAUUAAUAUAUAAGAAUAUAGAUUAAUUUGGCUUCUCUAACCAACAGCAUUUCAGCAGUUCUGAAAGCCACCUCAAUAUGAACUUUUGCCAUAUUCUAAUUGUCUUUAAGUCCACAGAAAAUAUGUCCUAAUUCAAAGAUCCCGUUCUGUGCAAACCUAGCAUAGUACACUUAAGGCCAAUUUAAACAUCAAUGCAGAGUCUAUGGUGUAGUCUGUGCAAGUGGCUUACUCCACUAUGAGGCAUGUAUGCAAAAGCUAUAGUUGCUCAGAGGACCAAUCACAGUUGCUCUGGUCUGGUCUGUGUCACUACAACGUGUAGUUACAUUUUUAGGUAGGUGCGCAUCAAGCAUAGGGUAUACACUACACAUAGGGUACACAUAGGCUAUGGCGUAGAUUCGUAGCAGAAGCAUAAAUUGUUCUUUAGGAAUAAAGACAAUGACAGCAUCGGCUGUCAGCAUUCUGUGCAUUACAGAAACAAUCAAAGUUAGUUUAUCUGCACUUUCAUUGUAAAUACUAGAUAAACUAUAAAGUAUCCAGUGGAAAAACAUAGUUUCUAUCCUAUGUCGACUACUGGUUACUAAUGUGGAUAAAUGCACUACAAUCUGAACAUACAAAUCAGAUGUAGUUAUUUGUAACCUGAAAUCCCAAAAAUCUAAUGUAGAAACAAAUCUGAUUUGCCUUACAGUGUAAACAACGCCUGAGAAAAUAUACAUCGUAAUUACUUAUUGAGCAGAAUAAUCAAAAAUGUAAUACCUUUUUAAUAAGACAGGGCUAUGCCUUUAGCUGAAUAAAUAUUGAAUCUUAGUUUAGUUUGGUUUCAGCACUACAGGGGUGUGGAGUAACUUUGCCAAGAUCAAUGAAGCACUAAGAAGAUAGUUCGUACCCAAGUGGAUGGAACAGAUUUCAGAGAAAUUUCAAAGACAUUUCAAGUCAAUUCUUCUCCUGCAGUAUAGACCUACGGGCAGAGACUGAAUGAUUACUGCAGGCUGUUUCAACUUUAGGCUAAGUAAUAAUCUAAGGAUAAUCCAAGAAUCUCCACGGACCUCUGAAGGCAUCUCUUGCUGAAGGAAAAUCAGUGCUGAAGUAAUCGAGUACUUGAGUCAAUCAGUCAAAAAGAGCCUGUAUAGAAUUGUUCCUGACAAGAGGUCAGGGAAGAAAAAACACACCAUAACAAAACAUCAUAAAACAUAAAUGCUCUUUUCUAAAAUAUCUUGACUGUUUAAACAAAAAAGACCCCAGGCAGACUAGGGUUCAAUUGCUUGGUUGGGCAAGCACAUCACUCUACACCAAUAGAAGUCCUUGCGUAAGACUACUAAUGCUACGUUCUCACGCACUGGAGCAUUAACUCUAGCUAGUAAACAAGAGCAUUAUAUAUAAUGGCAUGAAUAGAAAUGUGAAGGCAUCUUAAGCAGAAGAUGAAACUGUAUGUAAAAACUAAAAUGCAUGUUGUUUUUGGACCAUGUUCUAGAAGCCCUACAUUAAUUCACAACAGAGGAAUGCUAAAAUAACAAAACGUUACAAUCUGUGACUUGAAGUAACAUGACAAAGCUAAAGUAUUUGUAGUUCGAAGUGCGGGCCAACAUCUCAGCCACAUUAAAAACCUUAUAGAGAGCUGCAAGAAAAGUGAAUUGAGUUAGACAGGUCUAUCUUACUCUCCUAAUUCAAAAUCCACACAUUUAUAUUUUUCCAGAUAACAUGCCCAUGUGGGGUCUGUACAGGGAGCACGACUGAGACACAGAAAGUUUUGUAAAUGGGCUUCAAUGCUGGCUCCACAUAUGGGCUGACAGUGAUGAGCCCCUAUUUAAUGAUGGGACCAGAAAGGGUUAAACAUGGGCCCUAUUUGGGUAGUAUACUACAUAUAAGGACUGUAUGUAUGAUUAUGGUGGGCUGUAAUGGUGGGGACUAUACAGUAAAAACACCCAGCACCCACACAGAGCCCAUGCCCACCUGGAACCUACCAAGCCCAUGUUCCACCCCUUUGAGUCCCACAAGAGCAUGUUGUCUGGGAUAUACUGGAAUUCUUAAAAGCCUUUUAUGACAAAUUACUUAUUACUUAUUUUUUUAACCACUGAUCUGUAAAAUAUGACACUGAUGCAAAUCCAUUAUUUUAUAUAUGAGAAAGGAGUUGCAUCGGAUGAAUGGUAGCUAGUGACAUAAUUACAGGGUGCCUCUUAAUAAUAAUAAUACAUUUUAUUUAUAUCGCGCUUUUCAAAAUUCUCAAAGACGCUUAACUCUUCUCUCAGCACCUAAUAUUUUUUAUAUUUUCAGAAAAAACAUGUUUAUCUUUCCAGUGAAGACCAUAUUUGGCGUGUAUUUAUUUCAUCAUCAUUCAUUUCUGAGAUAUAUGCUGAGAGUUCAUUAAAAAGUGAAUGCAGACAUGAAUGUUUUGUCUGAAAUUAAGUGGAACCAAACAAAAGUGUGCAAACUUUUAAAACUAUUGCUACUGCUACCUGCUACCAAAAAAAUAAAAAUACUUAAUUCUAUAUAUAUACAUAUACUAUACACACACUGAAAACAUAUCAAAUUAAUAAUAUAAUUCUAAAAAUGUAUUUAUUUACUUAUUUAUUUAUUUAUUAACAUUCCAUAUUCCAUUUUAUCACACACACUAAUACACUACAUAAGAAGUUAUUUCAAGCCAAACAGUGGCAGCUUUUGCAAAAUGUUAGGGAAGGGGGCUGGUGAUCAACAAUUUGCUGGUUUGAUCCACUAAUCUUGCAGGAAGUGGUGUUAAAAGGAGUACUCUUUUACUCCUUUUCUGCCACAAUGCCCUGCCACAAUUCCCUGCAAAGGCUGUGUCAUCCUAAUACUAAUUUUAAAACUUUACCUGUUUUAGUUGCACUCAUUUUAAGGGAAAGACUAAACUCACUUUUUGACAAAACUGUACGAAAUGGAUUAUUUCAAAUGUUUUGAUUUACCUUUAAACCCAUGAAAGAUCAGUAAAGAAAUAAAGGAGGUGGUUUAGAGAAUGCUUUUAAAUAAUGCACCCAUUUCCCUCUCAUACUCUGACCUGUGGUAAACACCAGGACUUGGCGGGCAGGUGUUGACAAUUAAUUCUGAAAUACCUCAAACGUUUUUUCUGUAAAGUUUAUGUAAUUUAGAUGAAACUAACAAUGAAUACAAUGAUUAGACCACUAUGACUAAUAAUAGUUUUUGAACUUGUGACUUGAAACUUUAUACUGUUAAUUUUAUUUUCCAUGUUUUGGUUCAGUCGUUCCCUCUUCUUUUCUCCUGUGUGUGUUCUUGUCAUUUUGUGAUGGCAUUAACUUUUCUUGGAUAAAAAAGACAUUUUGAAUGUUUCCAUGGGAGAUGUAAAAGGAAAUACAUGUCUGAGUGGAUGUGACGAAAAGAAAAUGAUGCUUCUGAUUCGAGUGUAUUUUUCGGGUUUGGACGGAGUUAAACUGUAGUCUGAAUAUCAACCAAGGCAAGUUUUUUUAUCUACAGAUUUUUCAACUUUAAUCAAUAUUCUUGUUUUUCUUGUUUUCUUCUUUUUGAUUAUUCACCCUAAUCCUUUUCAUAAGAAAAAAUCCCAGUAGUGUCCAAGUGCCCCCAACAUUAAGUUAAAUGAUAAAGAAAAAAACGAGCUCCGUCUGUUUGGAUGGCAGCAUGACCUUUUUUCUGCAUGGAUGUUGUAUACUGUAUAGACUAAAGCAGGAACGCCCUGCACUUUAGAGGAGGACGAGGAGGAUGAAGAGGUCGGGGUGGGAAGGGUUGGGGUUUUGGCUGAGGGUGGGGUGGUCGGGAUUUGGAUGUUGGAGGGGUCUUUCUUUCUAGAGUUUUCUAGAGUUUCUUGAAUCACUGUUGUUGUUUUUUUUUCUUUUUUUUCUCUGGUUGUGUGCAUGUAUUGUUGCAACCCUCUCCCUUUUCUUUGACAUGUUGAAAUCUUUCCAGUGGAGUAAGACAAUAUUCCAAUGGUAGGCUGAGCUUUGUUGAGGCCGUUAUACCUGUUUAUAUGUGUCUCAUCACCCUCUGAAAUGUAAUCACUGGUUUGUGCUUGUUCAUACAUGGCACACUCUCAAUCUGGGUUGCAAAGCAAUUCAUGCAAAAAAAUACAAAAAAGAAAAAAAAAUAAUAAUAAUAAUGCAGCACUACAGACCGUCCUUGGUAACGGACCCCUCCAACCAGAAAUGGUCUUUCCAUCUACAAGCAGUGUGUGUGUUUCUCUCCAGGCCUGAUCAUAGACCGAGCCUCCCAGUCACACUGUUGUCUCCCUCUUCUGUAACCUGUCAAUCAAUCAAGAACCAAGUGUCUUUUGUGAUGGUAGAAGACAAUCAAGUUUCAAAACUAGGAAGUAAGAUGGAGGGGACAGGCAGGGAGGAGGAGAAAUGGAAGGAGGAAUGGAGGAAAGAGGCUCUCAAAUGUUAUCACCUCAACUGUGACUUUCAUAACAUCAUCAACUGACCAUAAUUUACAUUCUGUAACAAAUCUGAUUUUUUUUCAUGCUUUAGAGAUUUUACAGAAUUAAGUUAUUAAACCUAAAGUUAAAGCUACUGAAGAUUUACAGAAUAAAGAAAAAGCUAAUAACGCAAUUAAAAAAAAAACACAAUUUAAAUGUUUAAGUUGGAGUUUCCAGUUUAAAAUAUUAUGCUGCCAUGGUGGACAACUAAGUUGUGGCUAAUCAAAAAAAGGCGGUUAGGAAAUGACAAUAAAUCCAUGCCACCAUACUAAUUUCUGCACUUUGACAAAAGUACAGAGACGUAAAUAGAAGUUUUUGAAAUAUUCUGUAAAGCUUGUCCAACCUAACAGUUUACAAACCUAUUUUGUGCAGCCUGGCUCUGUCAUCAGGCGAUUGCAGGUUCGAUUCCUGAUGAUGCCACAGCCAUUUGGGGCCAGGGGUUGCUUCCUCAGUGUGGGCAGGAUGGCAACAUAAUGCAACAUCGGUAUCAUUGUGUGACAGGAGUGUCUGAACUAAUGACUAAAAUCAUUGGAAGUGGAAGUGACUAAAUUAAAGAUAAAUUUGGGAAAAAUCCCUUGGAUUGGAAACGAACCAAAAAAAGUGGGUAAGUUAAGCUUACUCUACAAUCUUUGUACUAAGACACUGAUCAGUAGUGAAAACUAACACAGAGAAUGACAGCAAUGUAAUCUUAGCUCUUCAGUAACUACCAAAGAGUUUUUAGAGGCUGGUUGUCUUUGCGCAAAGAACUAUGCAAAUUAAAAACUACAUUUCUUUCCCCACAGAACAAAGGUCUUUCCUGGUUCUUCUCACACCAUGCUCCAGUCACAACAGCUAGUGUUUAGCCCUGACUGGGCCAGACCGAGUAGUGUUUACAGCUGGCUGGCUGGCCUACAAUCAUAUAAAAAGAAUCAUAUAGAAAUAAAUAUCAUUGAGUGCUUCAGGACCUAAACAGCAAAUGCAUUUAGAGCAUAUCUCCUUAAUCAAAAUUUCAUAACAGCAAGCAGUGUGUGUCAAUUCUACUUACACAUUCUUACCUGUGUGUUCCAGAUAGUUGUUCACAUCAAAAAUAUGUGGUUUGAGAGCCUCUUUUCACCUCCCAUCCUACAGGAGGAGCCAGAGAGAAUGUGGAGUACCCUUUUGUUUAGAGCUAAUGGAGACUCUUCAGAAAGAAGAAAAAACUGGAGUUAUAACUGUUACAGGAUAAAACUUAAAAAAGGAAAUAUGGGUAAAAUGCGUGUUUUGAAGUAAAUGACUGAAUAAAAUCAAUUGUAAAACUGUU